GGGGUUCUGCUCAAGACCCUUCAAAAAAAAACAUUGAUUUUGGAAGGAGGGAUGUUCUACUCCGCAAGUCAGCCUCAGCAAGAGGCGUAGUGAAACACUUCCCCGCCAGAGGGCAGUGUCGUAGUCCGCCGGCCACUACCUUCUGUCCGUCAGCCACCGGGCGGGGGUAGGACCCACAUGGACGCGGGGCGGCCACGAGCCCCACAUUUGCAGAGGGAAGCCGUGCCCGCCCAGAGGGAAGCCGUUCCCGCGGCAGGACGGCUUCCAGCACCAAACGCGCGGUGGCCUGCGGCUGCGGGUGUAACAGAACCCGCGCUCUGGCUCCGCUCCUGGAACCAGGCCGGCGCCUCCGUCCUCCCCGACCUCCUUCCACUCAGAGAAGCAGGUCAUCUGAGCUUCCGCAAACCCCCACCCACAUAGAACUAAAUAUUUUUCUUUUGAAUGACAACAGAAGCGUGGCCUAGAUUAAUGGCUUAAUUGUCCCUCGUGCUAAAAGGCGACUCACCAGCCCUGGCUCGCCAAGGAGGGGGCUGCCAGGGGAAUGGGCUGGAAUGCGGAGAGGGGAGGGAGCAGUCACUGCCCCAGGGACACGGCCCCACGGCCCCGGGACCCCCCCAUUAUCUCCCUCACCCGUGGCCACCGCCCGCAACCGGACCCCGGGCGACGCCUUUGGGCAGCCCCGCCCGCCCGCUGGCUCCCGUGUCCCCAGCCCUCUCCUCCGCCCCGCCUGGCGCACUGCAGAGCUUGCGAACUUCCCUGGACCCUGCAGGGAGGAGGCCGCGGAGACGCCUUCCGACUCUGGCCCUCUGGUCCCGGCGGCUCCCGGCCCACCACCCGCAGGGCAGGGUCUCGCCCCGGUGCAGACGCCGCCAGCGCCGCAGGUGCCGCCCAGAGGCAGCGCGAGGAGGUGGCAUAUGCGCACUGAUGGAUAGGUCCACUAAGCAACGGGCUCAGACUCCCUUUCCUCUUUGAAUCUAGGAAGCGAGAAUCCCUAGCAAGAGGUGUUAUAUAACAGAUGCAGAUCUGUGGCUCCAGAGUGUAUCCUGAGAAGUAUUUCUAGGCUCUUGGCCCGAUGUCUUGGCAGCGCCUUGAUCUGAAGAUGUCACCCCGGGUGCUGUGGGGCAGCCUCAGCCUGCUCCGCCUGGUGUGGUGUGUCCUUCCACAGACAGGCUACGUGCACCCAGAUGAGUUCUUCCAGUCACCGGAGGUCAUGGCAGAGGACAUCCUGGACAUCGAGGCCGCCCGGCCCUGGGAGUUUCAUCCCAGCAGCGCCUGCCGCACGGUGGUCUUCCCGCUGCUGACCUCCGGCUUUGCCUUCUGGCUGCUCAAGAUCUGGAAAGAACUGGGCCCGUGGUCUGGCCUGGUAAGUGGCUAUGCGCUGCUGGUGGGGCCCCGGCUCCUCCUCACUGCCCUCUCCUUUGCCCUGGACGUGGCCAUAUACCACCUGGCCCCGCUGUGGAGGGCGGAGCGCUGGAACGCCCUGGUCUUGCUGUCUGGUUCCUAUGUCACCCUGGUCUUCUACACAAGGACCUUCUCCAAUGCCAUCGAGGGACUGCUCUUUGCAUGGCUGCUGGUACUGGUAUCGCCCCGUGUAGCUCGGAGCCCCGCACCCGGGAAGCCUGCUCGAGGCUCGUGGUGGCACAGCUGGCUUCUUGGGACCAUCGUGGCUGCCGGCUUCUUCAACCGGCCCACCUUUCUGGCCUUCGCUCUGGUUCCCAUGUUCCUCUGGGGCAUUUGCGGAGCCACGAACUCUGCCUUCAAGUCACUGACCAAGGCAGCCCUGGGGCUCCUCCCAGGAGCGACCCUCACAGCAGCAGUGUUUGUGGCUGCGGACAGCUGGUAUUUCUCCAGUCCGUUUACUAAAAGACCCAAUACCCUUGUCCUGACACCUGCCAACUUCUUGCAAUACAACCUGGAUCCUCAAAACCUGGAGAGGCACGGCACACAUUUGCGGCUCACUCACCUGGCUGUCAAUGGUUUCCUGCUCUUCGGGAUGCUGCAUGCCCAGGCCCUGCGGGCUGGGUGGCAACAGCUGCAAGUCUGCCGCCAGGUCUUGGUACAGAUGCGCUCCCUGAGGGUGUGGGAGGCCUGGAGACUGCUGCCCGGCCCCAGCUCUCACCUCCUGCUCCUCUACUUCACGCCCCUAGCACUGCUGUCUGCUUUUAGCCACCAGGAGGCUCGGUUCCUGAUCCCCCUUCUAGUCCCCCUGGUCCUGCUUUGUAGUCCACAGACUCAACCUGUGCCCUGCAAGGGCACCCUGGUCCUCUUCAAUGCCCUGGGCGCCCUCUUCUUCGGCUGCCUGCACCAGGGGGGCGUCGUGCCCGGCCUGGAGCACCUGGAGCGGGUGGUUCAUGCGCCUGUGCUCCCGAACGUACCUACCCACUACACACUCCUCUUCACCCACACCUACAUGCCCCCGCGGCACCUCCUACACCUCCCAGCGCCGGGGUCACUUGUGGAGGUGAUGGAAAUGGGUGGGUCUGAGGAUCCGGUCCUGUGCCAAACCCUGAACAACUUCACCAGACAACCGGCCUGCCAGGUGGCCGGUGGGCCGUGGCUCUGCCGCCUUUUUGUGGUGACGCCGGGCACCACCAGGCCUGCCACGGAGAAGUGCAGCUUUCCCUUCAAGAGUGAGACACUUGUGUUUCCCCAUUUGACCCUCGAGGACCCACCGGCCAUGUCCUCCCUGCUGAGUGGGGCUUGGAGGGACCAUCUCAGCCUUCACAUCCUAGAGCUGGGGGAGAAGCCCGACAACACGACAGAGAAUCCGUGGCCGUAGAUGAAGGCCCCACUCCACCUUCUCUUUGGGAAGCUGGGCUGGGACAGAGUCUGACUCUCUUCCGUUCCCUUCCCUUCCAGAAUUCCCACCCCUGCCUCUCCUGUCCACAGCCCUUGCUUUACUUUCUGGGUAAUCUGGCACCCUUCUCCCCUCAAAGACCAAAGAUCUGACCAGUCACAGUCCUGAUGCCAAGGCCCUGAUGCCUCAAAGGAUCUGUAUAACCAAUCGGUCCCUAAUGUUGGUCCCUGCUCUAUUCCUUCCAGAAACUGUGAUGUUUUAAAUAUAUAAUAGCACCUUGUUGUGAAGAACAACGACCUGAGAGUGACAUUCUUAACUGACCUCCAAACCUUCCAGGAUGCCUUACCUCUUGAUGUCAUGACAACCCUUUGCUUCCUAGACACCUGGAAGGAGGCAGUGUGGGGAUGGAGAGGGAGUAGGCAGUGCAGAUUCAGGGGACCUGAGUUCUAGUCCCUGGUCUGCCAUUCACUGUGUGAUCUUAAGAAAGCUCCUUCCCCUCCCCCAGCCUGUUUCUAGCCUGUACAAUGGAUCAGAGCAUCUCUGAGAUGUCUGCCAGCUAACACCGAGACAUUCCUGGGUUUGCAGCACAUGUCCCCUGGCUAGACAGGCACGUCUCUCCCAAAGCUCUUCAAGCAUGGAAGUGAGUGUGGUGGUAUAUUUAAUUGCACUUUGGUGUCUGCCGUCUUAGUGUUUGUUUGUUUGUUGUUGUUU